GUGGCCAGGAGGGUGGCAGGACCAGAGGAACCGUUUCACCAUGGAAUAUGAAGCCAAGAAGGGGAAGAAGGGCUUUGUGUCCCCCAUCCGAAGGCUGGUGUUCCCAAAGGCUGCACGCCAGGCUGCCUUCAGGAGCAAUGUCUGUCGCAGGCCCCUGCAUUCUAUGCCUCUUUAUCCUCCCGACUACCUCAUCGACCCCCACAUUCUGCUGUGUGACUACCUGGAGAAAGAGGUCAAGUUCCUGGGCCACCUCACCUGGGUGACUUCCUCACUGAACCCCUCCAGCAGAGAUGAACUCCUGCAGCUACUAGACACCGCCAGGCAACUGAAGGAGUUGCCUCUGAAGACCACACCGGAGCAGGACAGCAUCCUGAGCCUGUCGGCCCGCUGCCUGCUGCUCACCUGGCGGGACAACGAGGAGCUCAUCCUGCGCAUCCCCACGCACGAGAUCGCCGCUGCCUCCUACUUGCAGGACGACGCGCUGCACCUGCUAGUGCUUAAGACUGGUCUGGGUGUGGACCCAGUGCCUGCGGGCGUGGACCCCAGCCCCGGAGGUUCGGGGCGCGAUCCGGGCCCUCCCGGCGCCGCGCCCGAAAAGCGGCGGGUGGGCACAGCGGAGCGGCGCCACACCAUCUGCAGCCUGGACUGGCGCAUGGCGUGGGGCGGGGGCGCCGGCGCCGAGGCCCGGGCGGCGGGCGGUGGCGGCAGCCUGGAGCGGCAGCGCGCCGGAGCUCGGGCAUCAGGCAGCUGGGAGCGGCGACAGACGUUCAGCGGUAGCUGGGAGCGGCGGCACGCGGGCGGCGGCGCGGGCAAGCCGGGCGGCAGCUGGGAGCGGCGGCAGGCGGGUAGCGGCGUAGGCGGCAGCUGGGAGCGACGCCAUCCCGGCCCCAACCCGCUGGAUCCCCAAAACCCCAGCCCCGACGCCUACUGCAACCUGGUCAUCCUUGCUGUGGCCAACAGGGAUGCUGCUGAGGAGUCCUGUGCACUCAUCUGUCAAGUCUUCCAGAUCAUCUAUGGGGACCAGAGCAUCGAGUGUGUAGACCGGGCCGGCUACCACUACAGACCCACGCCUAAGCGGCCAUGGCUCUCCAGCUGCAGUGAGAGCUGUCGCACAGAUGGGACGUUUGCCUACGACGCUGACUUGAGCUGCUGCAGCUCCUUCAAUGGCUCCCAGGACACAUUUGAAGCAUGUUACAGUGGCGCGUCCACACCGUCUUUCCACGGUUCCCACUGCAGCAGUAUCGACCACAGCAGCUGGGCCUUCGAGCAGUUGCAGGAUUACAUGGUCACGCUGCGGAGUAAGCUGGCUCCCCCUGAGAUCCAGCAGUUUGCAAUUCUGCUCCGAGACUAUCGCCUGGGGCUGCCUAUCCAGGACUUCUGCGCAGGCCUGCAGAAACUCUAUGGGGACCGACGAAAGUUCCUUCUCAUUGGGAUGAGGCCCUUUAUUCCGGACCAGGACAUUGGCUACUUCGAGAGCUUCCUAGAGAGUGUGGGCAUCCGCGAGGGUGGCAUCCUCACCGACAGCUUCGGCCGCAUCAAGCGCAGCAUGAGCUCCACAUCAGCCUCCGCAGUGCGCAGCUACGACGGGGCGGCCCAGCGGCCUGAGGCACAGACCUUCCACCAGCUGCUGGCGGACAUUACACACGACAUCGAGGCUCUGGCCCCUGACGACGACGAUGUCUACGAGGAUGUCUCCCCAAGCGGGGGCGACCAGGGGGAAGACAACUACCUGUAGCCCCGCUGCCCGCCUCAGGUCUUGCACACUUGCUUGUGGGACACCCUCCUGCGAGUGCCUAGAUAUCCUGGAUUCCCAUCUGUGCCUUCUAGCCUUCUGUUCCCGCAGAUGGAUUUCCAGGGCUUAAAUUUCUGCAAUACCGGGAAAGUCCUGCAGGUGGCUUUACUCUAGAGAGAACCAGACCCUAGAGUUCUCUGCAGCUCCACCUACUGGCAGACAGAAAAGAUUUCCAAUUUCAAGCCCCAGCUCUCUGCAUGCCCCGUUCAACUUCAAACCAGGACCAUUUCCAGAGCCCAGAGACAUCUCUUGGAUUUCACAGGCUGAGAAACUGAGAGGUUUUUUGUUGUUGUUCGGGUUUUUUGCUUUUUGCUUUU